AUGCCAGCAGACACCGAUCCCAGUCUUCAAUUCGAUUCAAUUGAGGAUACAAUCAAGGCUUUCAAGAAUGGCGAAUUCAUAAUUGUCCUUGAUUCGCAAGACCGUGAAAAUGAAGGCGAUCUCAUUAUUGCUGCCGACUCAAUUACCCCCGCUCAGAUGGCUUUCCUGGUUCGCUUCACAAGUGGUUUAAUUUGCGCACCUGUAUCCCCCGAAAUCGCCAGUCGACUCAGUCUACCCCAGAUGGUGCUUGAGAACGCAGACCCGAAAGGAACCGCCUACACGAUCUCCGUCGACUCAAGUGACCCAACCGUUACCACCGGUAUCUCUGCGCAGGACCGCGCCCUUGCAUGCCGAACGCUUGCCUCUCCGACUGCUCGCGCCGAAGAUUUUCGGAGACCGGGCCAUAUUAUCCCCCUCCAGGCCAGGAGCGGUGGCGUGCGUGAGCGUAGAGGACACACUGAAGCCGCAGUCGAGUUCUGCCGUCUGACCGGUAAGGUACAAGCUGGUGUGAUUGCUGAGUUAGUGGAGGAUGGAGAGCUGGUCCCGGGUGUCCCAGAGAUCGGUGGCAAUAACGACAUGAUGAGACGUGAUGGGUGCUUGAAGUUUGGCAAGAAAUGGGGCAUCAAGGUAUGCACCAUCGAAGACCUGGUUGAAUACGUCGAGAAAGUAGAAGGUAGCCCUCCUGUUUUCACAAAUGGAAAGCAGUAA